AUGUGUGUGUGUGCGGGCAAAGGUAGAGGACAAAGACAGUGGGUUCCGCCAGCGAGCAGAAAGCAACUCCUGUUCAGUUGCAACGUGUGAAUUUCAGCCGUGGUCCCAUUCCUGGUGAAAGUGACCGGGAGAGAGAGAGAGAGAGAGGAAAGCACAGUCAACCAAGGGAAAAAAAAUAUUCCAACAUUAGUCCGUGAGGCAUUGCAGAUCGGGACAGGUACUUAAGAUUCCGGAAGAACUGGAAAUUCAGGUUGCAGCUCAGUUUUUUUUCUCCGGAAAACCCAGAGAGGAUUGUAAACCUUUCCGUCUCAGGAUGUUUGAAAAAAGGAUUGUUCUGAUCCUGGUGGAUGUCCUGUGUGUGAUUGUGGCAUUGUUACCAUUUAUCAUAUUGACGCUAAAGGCUAAACCAAAUAUGCAAGGAUUUUAUUGUGAUGACGACAGCAUAAAAUAUCCGUAUAAAAAGGAUACCAUUUCACACUGGCUGAUGGCAGCAAUUAUUAUUCCAGUCUCCAUCGUCAUUGUUGGUGUUGGAGAAGCAUUUAUGGUUCACCUAAAACUGUUGUAUUCAAGAUCUGAAUUCAAUAACUAUCUGGCUGCCUUGUACAAGGUGGUAGGAACCUUCGUGUUUGGGGCUUCAUUGAGCCUGUCAUUGACUUACAUUGCAAAAUACACCGUUGGACGUCUUCGGCCAAACUUUUUGGCAUUGUGUAAACUGAAUAUGUCAUCGGUGAACUGCUCACAGUACGUCCAGUCAUACAGUUGCACAGGGCCAGUUGCAGACGUCACAGAGGCAAGGUUAUCAUUUUAUUCCGGUCACUCGUCAUUUGGAAUGUACUGCGUGGUAUUUAUUUCACUGUAUUUGCAGGUCCGUUUGCAUGUAAAAUGGGCCAGGCUUUUGCGACCAACCAUCCAGUUCUUCCUGCUAACUUUUGCAAUUUAUGUAGGCUAUACCCGCAUCUCAGACUACCGACACCACUGGAGUGAUGUGUUAGUUGGAUUCCUCCAAGGAGCUAUUGUUGCUAUUUUAAUUGUGCGAUAUGUUUCAGAUUUCUACAAAGACAGACCCCUGUCUAACGAGGUAUUUGAAGCUUCAGGACCAGAGAGAAAACCCAACAUUCCUUUAACUGAAACCGAGCCUAUGAAUCACUAUGGAACACGACACAUUCCCUGACUGAUCCAUGUCCACUCCAUUGCCACAGAAACUAUGCUUUUCCCAUUGAGCAUUUAAAGGAAGCCUGGAAUUUCCUUCCUUAGUGUUUUUAAACUUUGUUCUAUUUACUGUGGCUCAGCAUUGAAGACACAUUUCAGUCUCUGGGGUAAAAGGAGCACUGACUUACUUUUUAUAUACUUACGACAAUGAGACCGGAUACAGAGAGGCUCACAGACGAAUAUUGUUGCUGUGUUCAUCACCGCAAAAACAUCUUGCCAGAACAUAUUAACGUUAUCUUCAUAUUAAAGGCAUUUUGCAAAAUUUGCAUGGCUGCCAUUUUUCAAACAACAAAAAAAAACAUUCUUUUGAUGCCUUGUGCUGUGUUUUGAUUGCAAGAUGUAGAUAGAGUUGGAAAGCUGAAUCUGUUGCCAGAUGAUUGCUAAUGCUGCUCUCUGUUAGAAGGUUUGUGUGCGUGACUCAGGACAAUGCUGUCUGAUUUUUCUCUCCGCUGUCCUCAUUUUUUUUUUGUUGUAGUCUUUCUAUUUACCCCUUACUAGACUGCUAGCUAACUCCAUGUGUAGUCAAAGAUGGAGAAAACACAGCAGGUUCCUUGCAAUUGUGUGUUUUAAGUGGAGAACUUGACCGAAUUUGUACCUGAUUCUGUGAAACACCACUGAGGGCGAUUUUAAUUUGAUAAGGGACUCAUUGUGAAUUCGCUAACAAAAAAGGAACUUAGAUUGCCUGCACUGUUGAGAUUUCGAUAUCCCCACCCUUCCUCCAAAGUACAAUAGACUGUUCAGGACUGGGCUGAAUUGGCUGCUUUCUGUAAACUCAACGUUUGCUCAGUGUUUGCUCUCUUUUUGUUUGCACCCACUGCUCAGGGUGAGCUAGGGACAGACUCAAAGCAGCCUAACCUUUCUGUUCCUGAUCAUGACUUAUCUGAUUUCCACAGUCAUCAUUUAUGGACAGCAUUAAGCUCAACAUUGAUGUCUCUAUCCUUCUGUGAGCAAAUAAUGAGCUAUCACUGACUGACUGGAUUUAGCUUGGAAUGGUCCUCAUAGCUGUUCAACAAUCCCCAGCAUUGCUCACUGAGUGUUGGAGAGGAAGAAAGAAAAUUGAAAGUAUAAAACCUGAUUAGAAUUUAAUUGAUAAGGAUUUUGAACACAUGCUUUAAUCUGAAUGCUUUACUGCCAAGUGCCAAAUCUAGGACUGAUGUGUUUACAAUUUGUAAUCCAGUAAUACUACAGUCUCUUUAAGUAGUAAUAUCUUCUGAAGCACGCAAGACAAAUUAUUUCAGUGAACCCUUUUACCCUUCUUAGCUGCUUAAUGAGUACGAUGAGUCACUGAGAACUGGAACAAAGAUUAAUUCCUUGUCCUAAGACAAGAGACUGAAUAAUCCAAGCAAUAAUAUAACCACUAACUUUAAUAUAAACAGAAACUGAGCUAACACAAAAGCAGGGAGGUGGAAGACUCCCUGAAAGAAUUGCCUUGAUCAGCUUCCCUUCAGUAGUCUCUAUUCUAUAUUAAAAGAAAAUGGCAGCUAUUUGGCAGUGAAAUGUCUUAACAAUCUUGGUCCUGACAGGCUCUUAUUAAGUUACUUUUGUACAUGUAAUGGACUGACCCUAGCUUUUAUAUCCAGUAUGAUGUUACUGUGAGGAUAUUUCAAACUGCCAUGAGAUCAAAGUUCACUACUAAUUCUAUUCAGUUCAUUAUGAAGUCUCUGAUCAGACCAUAUGAAAAUUCAGAGCAAACUUUGCAUUUGUAACAAGCCUUGCAUUUGUAUCAUGACAGAGCUACAGCAUAGUAUAGAGGUACAUUCCAAAACUUUGGACUUAAUGGCACCUAACUAGCUCCAGAUCUACAGUAAGACAUUGCCAAGGUUUCCUACAUGAAAUAUGAAUAUUGCAGGUUUGUUUUCUGAACACCUAAUGGAGUUGCCAAAAUUUCUCAAAGUGAGGUAGCCAAUAGGUGCCAAUUGAGAUGAGCCAUUUGAACCUCUAUGUACCAAGUCUUCUGCCCAAAGGAGAACCAUGAUCCACUUGUCUCUACUCUCCUCUCAAAUGAGUUCCAGAAGAUUGAGCUCCACAUUGCUUAUACUUGUGCAUUUGGAUAUAAAAUAAGCAAAUACGAAAUUAGUACAAUAGUAAUCCAGAAAUUAGAGGGCAUGUGUUCCUAUUUAUAUGGGCACGUUAAAUGUCUAUAUACAGGUAUUGCAGAUGUAACCAUACUCUAUUUUAUCCCACUCACUGCAGAUGUGUCAACAGUUCUUGAAAUGUUUGGUUUGAAACUGAACCUUAAAGCCUUUUUUAUUUUGUAUAUAAUUACAUAUGUAUUCUAGACACUAACAAACCUAAUUUAGGAAAUGAAAUUUAUCUUGUUGUGAAAAAUUGUUCAGGUCCAGAAUUAUACUUCACCAAUACACAAAAUGAUAUGACAUAUACAAUAGUUAUUUGUAGAGCUUAUUUUAUAAAAUCAAAAAAGUAAAAACAAAGUCUCACAAUUCCUCUAAAAUAUUCACAAGCAUAUGUAUAUUUUUUAAGGCAGUCUUUUUUUCAAAACUAUUAGUACAGUUCAAAUUUUUAUAGCGCGGUCAAGCUCACUGAAUUAAUUGUAAAGUUACUUUAGGUUUGUGGGUAAAAAAUAGUAUUUCUGGUGAAAUUUAUUAAUUUUCUUUUGUUUAUAAAUGCAGUAUAAAGAUGAGAGAUUUUAUUAAUGAUGCAUUAAAGUGUUUUUUUUUAAA